GUCUGAGGCCUGGCCCGCCUGCGGGUGGCGUCGACAGGCUCCGGGAUCGAGCGAAAGGCGCGGGUGAGAGGGCUGUUGGGGCGUGGCGCUCUGUACGUGCUCAGUGGUACCUCCGCUUCGUGAGGAUUGGAGAAGCGCGGUCGCUCCAUACAGCGCCACCUCAGCCUGGAGCAGCAAUGAAGAGGGGGUAUAAGAGUCAUUCGUGCUGGCGUUAGCAGCAGAGGUGUCUGAUUGAAACAUGUCUUAUCGAAGCAACGAACGGGACUUCCAGAACUCAGCUCGGAGAAUGGGGACCUCUCUGCUUUUUCAGCUGUCGGUCCAUGAACGAGAACUGGACUUGGUCUUCCUGGAUCACAGUUAUGCUAAGCCCUGGAGUGCUCAUCCUGAUGCUAGCAACGCCCGUCCAACUCGUUUGCUCUUUGUCACUCCCAGGAGGCAUCAGGAUAGUAGUGCAGUUGAGGCAGAUGUUCCCAUUGAUGUAGAAACAGUGACACCUACACCUGUGCCACUCUAUGACAACCAGAAAGCCCGCACUGUGAUGAAUGAGUGUGAGCGUCAUGUGAUUUUUGCCCGCACAGAUACAGAUACUCCUCCUCCACCUGAUGACUGGGAGGAACAUAUGAACAGGUCAGGUUGGACUGUGGCCCAGAACAAGCUGUUCAAUAAAAUCCUGAAAGCCUUGCAGUCUGACAGGCUGGCUCGGUUAGCCAAUGAAGGGGCUUGCAAUGAGCCAGUGCUAAGGAGGAUAGCAGUGGACAAAUGUGCUCGACGGGUCCGCCAGGCUCUGGCAAGCAUCAGUUGGGAUACCAAGUUGAUCCAGUGGCUUCACUCAACUCUGGUGGAGACCCUCAGCUUGCCUAUGCUUGCUGCUUACCUGGAUGCUUUACAGACUCUUAAGGGAAAGAUUCCCACCCUGAUAGAUCGGAUGCUAUUGUCAUCUUCUGCAAAAACAGGCGCUGAAGCUCUGUCCCUUUUGCUGAAGAGACCGUGGGACCCGGCUGUGGGUGUCCUUUCACAUAACAAACCAAGCAAGCUGCCUGGUUCUCCCCUGAUCCUGCUGGCAUCUUCUGGACCUUCCAAUUCAUUGUUUCCUACUUCUCGUCGGCAUCGAUUCUGGCAAUCCCAGCUCUCUUGUUUGGGAAAGGUGAUCCCAGUUGCUACCCAUUUGAUGAAUAACGGCAGUGGUGUUGGAGUGUUGCAGUGCCUCGAACACAUGAUUGGUGCUGUGAGAGGCAAAGUAUUAGAAAUCCACAGCCAUUUCUCCCACAAGCCAAUCAUCCUGAUUGGCUGGAACACAGGAGCCUUGGUGGCUUCUCAUGUUUCAGUGCUUGAGGAGGUCACUGCAGUUGUGUGCCUUGGAUUUCCUCUCAUAACAGUGGAUGGGCCCAGAGGGGAUGUGGAUGAUCCCCUUCUGGACAUGAAAACUCCAGUCCUUUUUGUGAUUGGUCAGAACUCCCUUCAGUGUAACAGUGAAGCAAUGGAAGAUUUCCGAGAGAAGCUUCGGGCUGAAAACAGCCUUGUUGUGGUUGGAGGUGCUGAUGAUAAUCUCAGGGUAAGCAAAGCCAAAAAGAAGUCUGAAGGUCUGACACAGAGUAUGGUGGACAGAUGCAUACAGGAUGAAAUAGCCGACUUCCUGACCGGUGUGCUCACCCGAGCAGACAGCCAUUCAGGUUCUGAUCCUCGUGAUCUAGAUGCUGAGAAGAAGAAGAAAACACGUGACUCUGCUAGAAGAGAUCUGUCAUUUGACACGACAGAGAGGAGCAGUCGGCCUGCAUCCCCUGCAACUAAGGUCCCAGCUUCACCUUCAGGUUCAGAGGAUCUCUCCAGUGUCUCCAGCAGCCCCACCUCCAGCCCCAAAGCUAAAAUGGUCACUGUGUCAUCUGUUCAGAAAUCCACUCAGAUUGGUGCUACCCAGAUGUUGAAGAGGCCUGUGCAGAGAACAGAAGCAGUGUUGGCGCACAAAACAGCUCAAGCUCAGUUUGCUGCAUUUCUGAAACAAAACAUGCUGGUGAGGAAAUCUCUUCCUCCUGGCACGUCUUCAUGCCUCUUUGUCUCUUCAGAGCAGCAGCUGGAUGCAGGAGAGAAAGAAGAUCUGCGGAUGCAGCUGAAGAGGCACCAGGCUCCCAGCCCCACCCAGUGCAGCAAAUCUGCCAAGCGUGCCAAAAUCAAGGUGACCAUCGUCUCCCAUGGGGAAGCUGCUGGAGCAGGGAAUGGAGCCCCCCUGGAUGUAUCACCAGAAACAGCUGCAGUGAAACCUCUUGCUGUGGCCUUUGGACAAUCUGUGCUGGGUGCAAAAGAGGUGACGGGAGUGCUUGCCACCUCAAAGCAAAGUUCUGCAGCAGACAGCCCCUCUAUCAGUCCUACACCCUCUGCUAUGAUCCCCAGUAGCACAGCUCCGAGUGCUUUCCAUGCUCUGCAGAACAGGCUGGUGGCCAGCAGCACGCAAUGUGUACAAGCACAACCCAGCACUCCACUCCAAGGGGCAGCAUCAGCCAGCAGUCUUCUGCAGGGCUUGAGCUUCAGCCUGCAGGACAUUGGCACAAAGCCAGCAGCUCUCCCAGCAAGCGUUGCUGCCGCGGGGCCUUCGGUUCAGACCUCAACCCUGAAGACCUCUGCACCAGUCCAGAACUUAACUGCAAUAACCACCAGUACAGGAACAAUUGUUCGCACUAUCCCAGUAGCCACGACUUUAUCGUCCCUUGGAGCUUCAGCAAGUGCAAAGCCCACCACAAUUCAUCAGCUGCUCACAAAUGGGGGGCUGGCAAAGCUUGCAAGCAGCCUUCCUGGCUUGGCUCACAUCUCUGGUCAGGGGACAGGCUUGAAGGCCCCAACCACUAUCACUGUAACUCUGCGGGGACAGGCCAGCCGAGUCACCACCCUCAGCCAGGCAGGCAUUGGAGGUGUCCAGCCCCAGCUGGAAGAGCAACAGCUGCUCCUCCCAUCACAGCCAGCCCAGAUUCCAGACAGCACAGUUGGAAACUUAACUAACCCAGCAUCCAGCUCCAUGCCUGCCACUAAACUGCUGACUCAGGUGGAACUUGGCAAAGGCCAAGCUGGUGUAGAGAUGCCUUCUUCUGACCCGGUGUCUCAACCAAUCUCAGUCACACUUCCUGUGGCAGUAACCACCACAAGCCCCAUGAAGACUCUAUAUGUGAUGUCAGAUGCCAAACUGUCGGCACUCAAAAAAUCCGUCAUGGCAGAGGCUGCUUCUGUCCCACUGAAGCCCGCAGCAAUCCAGACUACUGCUGUAUCCUCCUCUGCCACUGCCCCUCUUGGAGCUGUGACUUUUGCCACCACCACACCAGCCAGUAAUUCCAGCCCACCCUGCAGCCUGGUGCAUUCCAAAGUAGGACCUGUUUUACAGACAACAUCCAAGACUGUUAUACUGACCUCUACACUAACAGCUAUGAAGGGUGACCGGGCUCUUGGACAAAGGGGAGAGAAAGUUAAUCUGACCAAAGGCCAUGCUGUGGGUGCCCUGGAGACCCUGGGCAGGGUGCCUUCUGUUAUGGAUGACAGCAGCACCAUCAUCCACACCCGGGAGUCUCUUACUAACAGACAUUUAUUGCCCCAGGGCAUGUUGCCUGCUGCACCUGGCACCACGCUUAUAACACUAGGCAGUAACCUGGCCAGCUCCUCUAUCAUAGCCACUGCUGGCCCUGCCCUCAGCCAGAAGCCAUAGCAACUCCAUGCUUUCUUACUGUUAACUUGGUUUUUGCCUUUGCUAUGGAAAAUGAAACUUUGUUGUGGGAACAAGAGUAUUGUUCCCUGAUUUUUAUCCUCUGUACUGGGAGGAUGCUUUGGUUUGUUCAUUGGUCACUUUUAAUAAACUUUUUUUUGUGUA